AUGUGGUGUGUUGUCAAGGAGAAGGGCUGUGGCUGUAACCAUAAUGGCCAUUAUUACCUGCCACGUGAAGAGUUCUGGGCCGACUCAAUGUGUAAGGAGAGGUGUGUGUGUGAUGAAGCAACACAAAAAGUGCAAUGUAAGCAGACUAAGUGUCGAACCGGAGAGAAAUGCAGUAUUGUGGAUGGAGUCCAAGAUUGUUACCCAAUCAGCUUUAAAACUUGCACUGCACACGGAGAUCCACACUUUUACACCUUCGAUGGACGCAAGUUUGACUUCCAGGGCAACUGUGUCUACAAGCUGGCCAGUGUGUGUGGAGAUACUCAAGGUCUGAAGCACUUUGAGGUCAACCUGGAGAAUAACAACCGUGGCAACAAAAGAGUGUCAUAUGCUAAAGUGGUGACCGUUAAAGUCUAUGGCAUUACAUACACACUUUCAUUGGACUACCCGGGCAGAGUACUGGUGGACGGUCUUGAAAACUCCCUACCAUUCUCAUACAAUCAAUCACUGGUCCAAGUUUAUCGCAGACACAGACUGGCUGUCAUUGAGACACACUUUCUUAAGGUUUCAUUUGACUUUGCAAGUGCAGUGAGGGUGGAGCUGGCUACUAGUUAUUACAGUGCAACCUGUGGUCUUUGUGGAAACUUCAACAAUGACCCUGCUGAUGAUCUGAUGCUGCCCAGU